GAUUAUUUUCGCUGACAAAAAAUACAUGCACGAUAACCAUGACUACAGUGGAUUAUACAACUCCGGGUUCUAGCGCUGCAGUAAUAGCGGAAGACGAUGGCCAGUACGAUUACAUGGAUAACUUUACUUACUACGUUUCAGCUGGCGAGUUGGAUAAGUUUCUCUACUCGCGUGCUGAUACAAUGAUCGUGUGUGUUUUAAUGCCGGCAGUGUUCAUCAUCGGAUUCAUCGGCAAUGCCCUCACGGUUUACGUCUUUAUGCGAGGUCGAGGGAUGCAAAGUGUGACCAACCUCUUACUGGUUAACCUGGCGAUAGCGGAUAUUAUUUUCUUAUUGGUUGUAGUGCCACCCAAAUUGUACAUGUAUGCGUCGGCGUCAGUACCCCUUCUAAAUGACUGGACGGCCCUGGGAAAUGCCGGAUGUAAAGCAUUUAACUACCUGUCUGGUGUGACAAUCGCCGUGUCUUGUAUAACGAUCAUCAUUCUUGCUUUGGAAAAAUACCUUGCAAUAAGAUGGUAUAUCAAGUUUCGUGUAUAUCGAACUAAAAAAAAUGUUGUGAUAAUAUGCGUUGUGAUAUGGCUUUUCUGUCUAGUUUACAUGAUUCCAGAGUUGUGUUUUAAAGUAGCUACAGCCCAUAAAAUAGCUUGGCCAGAAUUUCUUAGCAAUCAUACAGAUUUGUCUACCACAUUUACCCAAUGCGGACAGUGCUUUGGCACCGACGGAUGUCAAUUCUAUUCCGUGUAUUACGUUAUUGGACAAUUUCUGUUCCUGUGUAUGUUGCCCCUACUGGUUUGUGUCUACUUGUUGAUACUGAUGCGGUUAGUCCAAACCGAACGCUCCACCGGCAAAUCGUUGACUGCCAAGGCAUCGUAUCGAGCCAAGAAACAACUUAUCCGCAUGUUGCUCGCAACAACGUUGGUGUUUUUGAUCUGCAUCGUUCCGUACCGAAUGAUAGCGCUGAUAGUAUUUUAUCAAGAUCACUUUUCAUUGGACAAUUUAGCAGUGUCGGUUUCCCUCAACGUAUGUCGCACUAUGACGUAUAUUAACUCGGCUGCAAAUCCAAUCAUAUACAAUGUACUGUGUGACAAGUACCGUCAGGCCUUCAAGGAAACCCUUACAGCGUGCUUGCCCAAAUCAGACGGCUACGAAUGCCACAAUGAUGCGAAUGGUAUGGUUACCAUGACUACGCUCUCGACACGCAGGGGAAGCCGAGGCAAAAAAUGUGAAGGGUGA